UCGGACGGCUAGCGUCGAGAACGCUCGCGGAACAAAACGCACGUCGAAUUCCAAAUUCAAACAUUUGAAAUUCUAAAUUUUUUUUUCUAAACCUAGAGAAAUUAUCAGUGACCAGUGCUGUGAAUGACAUUUAUUGGAUUGCGAAUUUGUACACUUUGGAUUUUUUAAUUGUGUUCUUAGACUGGAUUUUUGAUUGUUUUGUCUGGAACAUGUUCGCGCAUUGAGUCAGGUGGGCCAUGGAUCCUCUGACGUGGCUAUCGUUGGGGCUGCAGCUGGCAGCGCUGUGCUCCAUCGUAGGCGCCUUACUGCUAUACCUGCUGCGCAAGGUCAGGGUGGCGGAGGUGCUUCCAGUGGACAGCGCUAAGACUGUCCUCGUCACAUCUGUGGACACCGCCCUUGGGUUGCAGAUUGCAACGUACCUAAGCGGCAAGGGGUGGCGCGUCAUCGCCGGUUGCAGGCAAGGUGGCCUCGGUUCGAGGUUAGCCGAGUCCUGGCUCCAAGCUCACGCAGCUGCCACGCCUGAAGACCAGCCGCCGCCCAGGCUAGCCACCUUAGAACUGGACGUGGCGAGGGAAGAUCUAUUAGAAGAAGCCGCGAGGGCUACAGCUCAGCAUUUACCCGCUGGAGAACAUGGCAUAUGGGCGGUGAUCAACACCGCUGGCAGCAGUGGUCGCGGCGGCGCCACUUGCUGGGAGAGCGCACUUCGAGGAAAUGUGCUCGGAGCGCUGCGUGUGGCGAGAACAUUCAGCCCACUGCUCGCCGCCGCCGCAGCCGACCAUCCUCACGCCGGAAGACUCUUUUACAUCGGAUUAACAUCGGACACCGCGUGUGAGAGCCUCUCGCGCCCAGAGGCGGGCGACUCUGGGGAAGGUAGCGCGGGCGCAGCAGCCGCCCGGUGGGGCACUUGGGGCGCGGCGCGAGCAUUACGCGCCAGUCUACGCGCGCGCCGCCUGCAUGUAGUAUUGUUGCACGCACCAGACCUGUCCGCUGCUGAGAUGUACGCGCCGCCCGCGCAGCUGCUGGCACCCAGUCAGCCGGCCAGUCGACCAGAAACACCGAGCUCAGACGUUAGCUCAUCCACAGCAAGCUGUGCCGUGACGAUGCCGGGCGAAGCUGCCGAGUACAGUGCGAAGGUGCUGCCCUCUAGCGCCCUGAAAGUAUUGGAGGAUGCUCUCACCGCCCCGGCACCAAGGGACUCGUACUAUCUGAAGAUGAAGCAAGAAUCUUGGUUCACAAGGAUGCCUUCUUUGAGAGUCGCGUGAAACGAGAAACGUUUUUAGUCAGAGAGCUUCCCUCCCCCGUUUUGACUGUAAUGACUGACAUUUAAAAUGCUAUAGCACUGAAAUACAUGAAUGUGGACGACUGUAAUUCGAGAUUUGUGUUCUUAAUUGUAAAGAUUUAAAUCUUUAGCAAUUGUUCGAUUGAGUUUUUGUAAAUAUUUUGGGGAUCAGAAAGCAGUAUGAACGUAAAGGAGUUUCUUAGUUUCACAUAGCUUAUAACCAAACCGUUUGUUAAAACACCUUUAAUAGCGAUAUGCACAUCAGCUAUGAGUAUAUCAUCGGUUUUCAUAGGUUUUCAUGAGUUUUAUACGCCUAUUUUUCGAUUGGAUGUUAUCAACGUGUAGUUUACUCAGAUCCAAUUUAUCGAGUCAGUCUUAUUCAAAAAGAUCAAUUAUAUAAAGGAUCUUUGAAUCUAAUGAAGCUACUUAUAACAUUUUCAUUGAAUUAUUUUUUAAGAUUGUUAUUAUAAACUUUAUUGUGACGACCCGCAUAUCCCUUUUGACGACAAUGACAUGGGAUAGUGGAUGUUAAGUGCCAAAUUUGGCACUCGAAAUAUUAAUAAUGCUUUGGGGGUGACCGUUUAUAUAUUUACACGAUGGUGAAGGGAAUUUCGACUCCUAUCACAUUACGUUCGUAAACAAAAUAAAAAAUGCAUAAUUGUGUGAUGUGAGAAUUGUAUAAUUAUUUUGUAUCAAGCUCACAUAGUGCCAAUUUUUUUUUGUUUAUUUUUCUAUAGAUUAUGCAUAAUAAUGAAUCUCGUUUCAUUGAUUAACAAAAUCCAGUGUAAUCUAUCAUUGACUACGGUUUAAUGUGUGUAUUGUAAGGUAUUUCUUUUGAAGUUUGCGUGUUCACUGAGUCAAUUUUGAUGUCCAACAUGUGCAGUUAUGGUUAUAAUGUAAAUAAUAUCUUUGUUGUAUAUUAAACAUUUUUAAAAUUA